UCAUUUGAAAACGUGAGAAAUUAUUUAUAUCUUCUGAUACUUCAUAUAAUUUGAAACAUUCUGUGGAGCACUGUGACAAACAGUGUUUUAAAGUUGCCACAUUAAAUGGUAAAAUUGCAUUUUUUUGGGGGGGGGGGUUGUAAAGAACUUGGAGGUGUGCAAUAAAAGCUGCAGUUUGCAUCUAUGAUGUGUAAUAAUGCUGUAGCUGUGCAGGUAAUGCAGGUAAUGUUAGCUUUGUUUAUAUGUCCACAGGUGAGAGUUUUGUCAUAACUGUGAAGCUGAGGAAUAUUCAGGGCUAGUGUGAGAGGGAGUGCAGGUUUGUUGUUGGUGCUUUAUAGAAAUAGAAGGUGCUCUUCCUGUCCUGUAGACAGGACACACUGUGAAGCACAUGACUGUGUUGGAGUUGUAAUUCUGUAACCUGAAACCCCCAUAAAGCAGAGUGUGCCAACAAAUCAGGUAGUGUGUAAAAACCACUGCUUAUAUGGAUCUGAAACAACGUGCCUUGUAUUUUUGAUGAACCAGCAGGACUGUCAGCCAGACAGUCACUGCACAGCUCAGGUGAGAAGCCCAACGUGGAUUAGGGACGCUGUUUGUUUUCCAGCUCUAACAUUCAGUUUGCUCUAAUCUGGUGUAAGUAGACACUCCUCGUAUGUGUCCUUGUGUGUUUAUGAGGAUUAACUUUAUGUACUUGCUGACAGUACCUCAGUAAGAUCAGCUCCGAUGGCUGUCCCCUUUGUUCCGGUCCCCUUUCCAGUGGACUGGUCCAGAGUGAGCAGGUCCUGCUCUAAGAAAGGGUCUCCCAUACAGACUAACUCGUCAAACUGUGAGAACCCAGCUCUAGAAAGUAGCCCCUUGGUGAGAAGACAUGGACCCUGGGGUGCUGCAGCUGGAAGUCCCACCCUCGAUGAGAACUUGAGUGGACCCAGAAGGGGCAUAUUGGACGGGUCUUCCACACUGCUGGAGGGUGAGGGGAGAUGCGGGGAGAGCUGGAUGGAGAGACCGAACUCCCCCACACUGCUGGGUUAUGAGAUCCUGGAGGAGAGGACGAAGUUCACGGUUUAUAAGAUCCUGGUGGUGGGGAGUCCGGGAGAAAGCUGGGUGAUCUUCAGACGAUACACAGACUUCUGCAGGCUCAGUGGCAAGCUUAAGGAGCUGUUUCCCAGCUGCCGUCUAACUCUGCCUCCUAAGCGCUGGUUCAAAGACAACUAUGACGAGGAGUUUCUGGAGGACAGGCAGACUGGACUGCAGACGUUUCUGCAGAACCUAAUGCUACACAAAGAUGUCAUCAGAAGUGAAGUUGUGAGACACUUUCUGUGUUUGGUUGACCCUCCGAAUCCAUUUGACAGCCUCGAGGAAAGCAGGGCUUUUUGCGAGACUCUUGAGGAAACCAACCAUCGUCUUCAGAGGGAACUGGUGGAAAAGCAAACAGAAGCUGACAGGUUGAAGGAGACUCUGGAGGAGAAGGAGAACUACAUCGACCUGCUGGUGAAGAAAGUCAAAUCCUUGUCACGUUAUUCUAAGAGUUUUGAUGGGCCCCGUGAGACAACUGAGAUGAUCCCCACAGACAUCAACACUCAGAAGGAAUUACAGAUGUGGAUGGAUUUGAGCAAAAUGGGGAUGAAGAUGAUGGCAGAAAAGGCUGACUACGAUUCAGAACGCUUCAGCCUCCAUGGACUCUGAUCUCCACAGGACUCUGCUUUCCCACUGAGCCCAGCUUGGACUCUGGCCUCCCCCCAUCCCUGGAUAACCGCCGGUCCCUUCUGUCUCCAGCCUUCUGUCUGCCAGUCUUGUCCCCCCGCCAGCUUCCGGAUUCCCCGUGCCUGCCUUCCUUGCCCCUUUAGUUCCGUGUCCCCUGGGUUUGUGAGUACACUGUCUGACUUUAGUUUUUUGCUUGCAUUUUCCUAGUGUUCCAGUGUAGAGUGUAGUCUUUGUUUGGGUUUUGCUGUCUGGCAUAUUUUGUAUUUGGUCUGGUUUAGUUUUUCCCCGUAGGUAAAUCUUGAUUUUUCUUUAAGGUUUUUGUUUUAGGUUUAGAUUGGGUUUUGCAGUUUAGACUGUUUUUGUAUGAGGGUUGGUGUUUUCGGUAGCGCCUGUUUUUCCCCUUGUAUUUUAUU